UUCAAGGCGCGGCUCAAGCGAACAGGUGCCUUCAGUUCAACUCUUCCCAAAUUGAAAAGGAGAAUUAGUUUAUACAAAUUGCAUUUUAUUUCCACAGUGCAUACCCAGAGGAGUCAAAGAAAUCAAUAGACCUAAAGGACUUUUUAACCUCAAGAACUAAUUUGCUAGUGGGAACAAAAGCAAUAUUUUGGACUGUUUUUGUAUCUUUCCGACCAUUUAUUUUCAGAUUUGUUUUUAUCUGAAGUAACUUAACAAACAUGGCAAAUAAAGGACUUCAGCUGUUGGGAUUUGCCCUGUCGCUAAUCGGACUCAUAGGCUUAAUUAUUGGUACUAUUUUGCCACAAUGGAAGAUGUCUGCCUACGUUGGAGAUAAUAUCAUCACAGCCAUCGCCAUGUAUGAGGGUCUCUGGAUGUCUUGUGCGUUUCAAAGCACGGGUCAGAUACAAUGCAAAGUCUACGACUCCAUCCUGCAACUCAACAGUGCUCUCCAGGCCACUCGAGCCCUGAUGAUUGUGGGCAUCCUCGUCACAGUAGCCGGGCUUGGUGUGGCCACCAUGGGCAUGAAGUGCACAAACUGUGGCGGUGAGGACAAGACCAAGAAGUCUCGCAUCGCCAUGACGGGCGGAAUCAUCCUGUUGAUUGGAGCUCUCUGCGCCAUCGUUGCUUGCUCCUGGUUUGCACACAGAAUCAUCCAGGACUUCUACAACCCAUUCACUCCUGUCAACACCAAGUACGAGUUUGGCUCUGCCAUCUUCAUCGCCUGGGCCGGUGCCUUUCUUGACGUCCUGGGAGGAGCCAUGCUGGCCGCUUCCUGCCCCCGGGGCAAGCCCUCACCCAAGUACCCCAUCUCCAGACCGCCCAGCAGCACCAAGGAAUACGUGUAAAUGAACAUGUACGUGUAAACACUUAAAUGUUUAGUAUUUUUCAGUUGGUCCAUGGGUGGCGAUGACUUCAAACGCAGUACAAUCUCUCCCCAGUUACUUUUUAUUCAAGUUGCAUGCUAGAAGAAGCCCAACUGAAACCUGAUCCAGCAUUUAGGUUCAGGUCACUUUACUGUCCCUUACCAACAGGAGACAAUGUUCAUGUAGAUAAGCUCAGGGAAGGUUCCUGUGUUUUGUCCUAGAAGUUCUUGCAUUACCCUGUUCUAUGUCUUGUAAGUCUGUGUAAAUAGUAGUGACAUGUCUUUCCUUCAUUUGUAUUGGUAUGUUUGUGCCAGAUGUGCCAGGUGUUGGCAUGCAGCUAAACAGGGGCAGAUCAGGUUUUAUCAACAGAGGAAAUUGGGGGGAAAAAGCACAUUCCAUUGGUUUUCUUUUUUAGAAUCUGAAAUGGCAAACUUAAAAUGUACAGCGCCCUCUCUACAUGUCCCAGUUUUGUCAGGCAUUGUUUUUUUUUUUUUUUUAAACAGUCUCUCAAUGAAUAGUUCACUGUUAAUUAUCACACAUGAAGUGCCUUCUUUUAACUAGUCAUAGGUGGCAAUUUCUUUUUUUUAAAUUUGUUUUAUUUUUUAACUCGUUCAUACACUUCUGUAAUUGCAUAACGUUUUCAUAGACUUAGAUUAUGCUAGGUCUGAAGGGAUUUUUAAAAACUGUUUUUACUGUUCAAAGCAUAUUUAGUCUCGUCUUGGUUGGAAAGAGUUUGGCUUUUAAAAACUGUUUUUACUGUUCAAAGCAUAUUUAGUCUCGUCUUGGUUGGAAAGAGUUUGGCUCUUGUUUGUAUGCAGGCCCAACUUUGUAAGGUGGCUGAUAAACUAACUGGCAUAUUGCAUUUUCACACAUUCAAUUGCACUGCGGUCACUACUUUUGAUAGAAACUGCAAUGAACAGAAUGUGUAUGAUGUCCACUUUUUAAAAAUGUCUCCUUGUCCAAGUGGUGGUGCUCACUGAAGCUUUACCUUUCUAAUUACUUUUCAAGUUUAACCUCUGCUUGAAUAACCCAUACGGGUUAGUUCUUCUACCAUGUAAAAUGGCCUAAUACUAUGAUUUGUUGCGACUGUUUAAUAUUUAACUUAAAUGUUUUUAUGACUGUCAUAACAUUU